AUGACAGCUGCCACUGGCUUGUUAAUGCACCCCCACUACGGGGCACAAGCCUUUCCACUGUGCGCACGAUGUCUUGCAGUAUCUUAUGAAUUUGGUUCUCUUAAAGGUCCACCAAGAGGGAGGAACAAACCAACAGGAGUCAGUAAGUCCCUGAAGGCAGCCAAACACCUGGAACACACCCUGACAGAUCUGGAGAGAAGCCUCGUGGAAAAACGAAAGCCUGUGCCUAAGGAACCAUUUCCUGGGAGAAGCAGUGGCUCACUGGCAGCCUCUGCUGCAGAAAGGGAGCCAAUGCCAGGCACUGUCACUGGAGACUUGGGUCGUGACUUGCAUCAUUUGGAAAACCUGGUAGAUCACGCUUCAAAGGUCUUGAAGCUUGAUGAAGGAGAAACUGUUGAUGAAGAUGACCUAGAAUCCCAACCCAUAACCAGUUUUAAGCCUGAUGAUGAGGAAGAUGAUGAGGGGGCUCCUGCGAAGAUCCAGAAGACCAACCCAACAGCUCAGCCAGUGAGAACAUGGCUCAUUGCUGUUCUUCAUGUUUGUCCCCACCUGCCCCUGUUGCGUGGCUGCUCCCCUGUCUUCAGCACAUCCCAGCACCUCCAAAACGAGAACCCCUACCCCCGAGCCCCCUGGCCCAGCUCCCUGGCCCAUACUGAAGUUAGGUAG